UCUGCUGAGGGAGGUUGUGAGUUUUUCUUGCGAAGGAGAGGAUGGCACGUACCAAGCAGACAGCUCGCAAGUCCACCGGCGGGAAGGCGCCCCGCAAGCAGCUGGCGACCAAGGCUGCUCGGAAGAGCGCGCCGGCCACCGGGGGCGUGAAGAAGCCUCACCGCUACCGCCCGGGCACCGUGGCCCUGCGGGAGAUCCGGCGCUACCAGAAGUCGACGGAGCUGCUGAUCCGGAAGCUGCCCUUCCAGCGCCUGGUGCGGGAGAUCGCGCAGGACUUCAAGACGGACCUGCGCUUCCAGAGCUCGGCCGUCAUGGCGCUGCAGGAGGCGAGCGAGGCCUACCUGGUGGGGCUCUUCGAGGACACCAACCUCUGCGCCAUCCACGCCAAGCGCGUCACCAUCAUGCCCAAGGACAUCCAGCUCGCCCGGCGCAUCCGCGGGGAAAGGGCCUAAGGCGCUUUACCACACACACCGAUCAAACCCAAAGGCUCUUUUAAGAGCCACCACUUGAUCACAAAAGAGCUGGUGUUACAAUAUGUGAGUGCGAAUAAUGAAUGACUGUAGAUUUAUAGUAUACUAGCUUGGGGAUGCAGCGGUGCCCGGGUGAUUUGAGAAAGGCAUUGUUUUGGGAUGUUGGGCAAUAUCACUUCUGAUCCAGAUCCAACGUUGUCUGGGUUCAGUGCUCCGGAUCAAGGUGAACUACAACUCUGAUGCCUAGGGCAAUCGCCUUCAAAUCCUGCCAGUAUUUACGUUUGUCCAUGUUGUGUCUACCAAAUUUGGUCCAAUCCAUCGUUGACUGUUCAGUGGUCUCUUGAUGCGGGUGAACUAUAACUCCCAAAUUCCACUCUCGAUCACCCCCAAUCCCUGCCUGUAUUCACAGUUGUCCAUGUUGGAUCUGUUCGCCAAGUGUAGUCUAGAUCCGUCGUUGACUUAAGCAUUCUCUGGAUGCAGGCGAACUAUAACUCCCAAAAUCAGGGUCCAAGGUCAAUUCCCCCCAAAUCCCUACAGUAUGUUCAGUUGUUCAUGGGCUUCUCUGUCAAGUUUAGACCUGGUCCAUUGUCGGUGGGAGUCACAGUAUCUCUGUCUGUUGGUGAACUACAACUCCCUAAAAUCACAUACAUACGAUGUUCACUUUUAUUAUGUGUAUAGAUUGACUGAUGUAGAGGAGACUAGUCAGCACAGGUUAGGAAGCUAUAAAGUUGAAUGCAGUUUAAUCCCACUUGGGAAUUGUAGGCUACAUAAACUACAUCUAAUGUAUAUCUCUUUCCUGUCUUAAAAGACUGGUACAGCUCCAUUUGUAUAUGCAGUUUGACCCCCUCUAAAUGCUAUUACUCGCGGUUAUGGAGUCCUGGGAGUUGUAGUUUUGGUGAGGGGUCAACACCCUUUGAAGAUUGGGGAUCUUGGCAAACUACAACUCUCGAUUCCAUAACUUGAAAGCAAACUGCAUUAGCGUGUGAGCACGUAGACUCAUGAUGCCAUGUAGGAUGACUGCAGUUCACUAUUAGAACUGUCUUGGCUUGAUGUCAUUGGUGUGGAAUACGUUUGAUUUUAAAAAUCACCUUAUCGACAAACCCAUUGGAAGGAAACCCAUGUAAUAAAUGAGAUUUCCUUCCAUAUUGACUGGACUUCAAAAAUGUACUCCCUAGGCUGACGAACAGCAAUGAUCUAUGUUUCUUGAAAGUGAGCUCCAUGUUUACACUGCGUGCAAAUUAGGAACUCCGUUAGCUUUAUAAAUUUGCGACAGAAAGGGAAAAACAGCGUUCUGGAGGAUAAGAAAAUCUUGUUGUCAGAAGUGGGAUUCGAACCCACGCCUCCAGGGGAGACUGCGACCUGAACGCAGCGCCUUAGACCGCUCGGCCAUCCUGACACUCUUGUACAAGGCACCAUAAGUUUCGUAGACUAUGAUAUUUCCUCCUGUUCCUUCUAAACAAUCCUUGCAUCAUCCAAAAAGUAAAAUCAGGUAUCAUUCUGCCAUUGGGGGUGCAUCUACAUUGGCGCCAAUUUAACCGCUAUGAAGUCUUUGGGAGUUGGGCGAGGCACCAGAACCCUUUGGGCAGGGAAAGCUGAAGACCUUGUCAAACUACAACUCCUGGGACUCCACAGUACUGAGUCGUGAAAGUGGAUAUUAUUACACUUGAUGUAUUUUGUCUGUCUCCAGCUGCAAUGAAACAUCCAUUUGAACCCAUGGGAGGGAAACUUAACUGGCCACAAGAUGGCGCUGUUUCACAUGCUUUUGGGGAAUGAAAAACAAACUGCAGCUUAAGUAUUCCAUAGCAUCCAUGAGUAUUUAGUUAACAAAGGUUUCAGUGAGUCUAUUUGCCUAGUUUUUGUAAGGAUACGAUAUAUUUUUAAUAUUUAAAUGUAUAAUAUAUAUCAAAAAAUAUUUAGCAGAGGAUGGUUUCGAUCCAUCGACCUCUGGGUUAUGGGCCCAGCACGCUUCCGCUGCGCCACUCUGCUUCACGAAAACAUACCUUCUGCAAGCCCUUUACAUCUGUUUCCCUUAAAUUUAUCUCUGUUUUUAAAGGGGCAUCAUUGAAUUUCUAUUCAAUGUGCUUAAUUUUUCCAUACUUUGCUUGACAAUCCAACCGUGUUGCAGGACUGUUAUAGAAGGCAAUGGGAUUACAUAUUACAUACUUCUUUGCUAGAGAUGUGAAAAUAAACAGAAAUUAAAAUGA